GUUGGUCCAGUACACGAAACACAAAUUUAUUUAUUUCUCUUUGCAACCUCAGAGUAUAAUGAGAACAAUUUUUGUUAUAGGGAGUGUUGUCAUGUUUACGAGAUCACUUGCUCCUUUUAAGCGCCAAGGAAUCCGCAUCAAUGUGCUCUGCCCUGAGUUUGUCCAAACUGACUUGGCAGAAAAGGUCAAUUCUUCAACUAUUGAUCAACUUCGAGGGUAUCUUCCUAUGGAACGUGUGGUGGAAGGUGCUUUUGAACUAAUCAGAGAUGAGAGUAAAGCAGGGUCAUGUCUUUGGAUUACUGACAGAAGGGGCAUGAGUAUUGGCCAACUCCUGCAGAAGAAGCAAAAUACCUCCUCCACUCUUCGAAAGCACGCAUAAAAUCUUUGGUCAAGCCCAAUGG